UGGGGCUGAGCCUCCGGUCCGCCAGCACCACCUGAGGGUCCCGGAAGCCGUCCCCGCCAUGGAAGAGGACCAGGAGCUGGAGAGAAAAAGAUCUGGAUUGAAGACCUCAAUGGCUGAAGGCGAGAGGAAGACAGCCCUGGAAAUGGUCCAGGCAGCUGGAACAGAUAGACACUGUGUGACAUUUGUAUUGCACGAGGAGGACCAUACCCUAGGAAAUUCUCUUCGUUACAUGAUCAUGAAGAACCCGGAAGUGGAAUUUUGUGGUUAUACUACAACCCAUCCUUCAGAGAGCAAAAUUAAUUUGCGCAUUCAGACUCGAGGUACUCUUCCAGCUGUUGAGCCAUUUCAGAGAGGCCUGAAUGAGCUCAUGAAUGUCUGCCAGCAUGUGCUUGACAAGUUUGAGGCCAGCAUAAAGGAAUAUAAGGAUCAAAAAGCAAGCAGAAAUAAAUCCACAUUCUAGUCACUUAUGCAUGCUACAGGGAAGACUAUCCUCUAGGAUAUUCUCUUCGUGAUCUUGUAAAACCCACAAGUAGAAGUUUGUGGUUACAUCAUGAUCUGUCCUUCUGAAAGGUGUGCUUCUAGGUAUUGACCCAUUGCCGCUGUUGGAAUCCCUGCAAGAACCUUUGUAUUGUUCUAAUAAAUUCCCUCUUUUAUUUAAACUAAUUUGAGUGGUUUCUGUUCCUUAGUCCUCAGGUUGACUGUUUUAGGGUUUUUUUUCUAGCUUACUUUCUCUUUUUUAAUUGAGCCAACAUUGAAAGUGAGGAAACUAUGAGAAAAUCAGAGGCCCAGGCAAGGACUUUGAUCAAGGGGAUUAAAAGGAAUAUGCAUUCAUGGCUAUGAUUGGGGGAGAGGGAGAGAUGCAAUAGAGCAUGACCCCACAUAGACUUGUUGGUUUAAAAAAUAAAAGGAGGAAGGAAAGAAAGGUGGGAGGACUUAGCUUCUUGAUAGAUAGUUUUUAGUAAAUUCAUGGGAGAAUUGCAUCCUUUGCUAUGAUUGGUAGAUUGGGCAAGGGUGGGGAAUAAUUUGAAAGAAUUGUGAGAAUUCUAGUUUCACAUGAGAGUUUUUGGUGGUAUCAGGCUCCAUCUUUGUGAUAGCAUUUACAGGAUAGAUGCCAGUUUACUGCUUUAAUUUCAGGACAGUAAUAAAAUAUUUAAUCAGAAAUGACCUAAGUAGGUCAAGAGAGUUUAAUUGUAUUACAGAAGGAGAAAACUGGGAAGACCAGAUAACGUUUUCAGUCCUUAGGUAUCUAAGUAUAGCCCAAGGUUACAUUAAAAAAGGAGUAUUUGAGAAACAGUAAGGACAGGGAGAAGGAAAAUUCCAUGUGGGGAAAAUGAUUUUUUUUUUUGGAAAACUUAAAAUAUUAGUGAAUCACGUCUAAGAGCUGUCCUAUUUACCUCUUCAGCGUUGUCUCUCAUGCCUGUCCUACCCCAACUUGACUCUUAAUUCACCCUAAUAUCUGUCAGCCUUUGAACCUGAGCACACCACCCCCCAGUGCUCUGUCCUUUGGAGCCUUUGUUUAUUCCCUCUUCCUGGAACACUCUUCCUUCUGCCAUACUCUGGUCUAGGUAAGAACUUACAUGUCGGACUUCCUACCCUAGUUUGGGUAUUUGUAUGUGCUUUCAUUAUGCUCUGUGUUUCUUGGUUUUGGAUUUACUAUGCUAUUGUUAGUGCUUAUGUUGUGUACCCACUAUACUAACUUGAGGCACAAUGCUUGAUAGGUAGUGGAUGGUUAGUAAAUAUUAGAUGAAUCCAUGUCAGUAGUUAAGGCAUAUAGCCUUUUAUUCACUCAAAUCAGACCUCUUCUACUAGCCUACCAUAAAGCCCGCAUUUCCUACACUCAGUCAACUCUUUAGAUAAAUGUAUUUCUGUAUUUAUUGAGCAUUUGGUGUAUACCAGGCCCUGGAAUAGACAUGUUAGUAGAUGAGACACAGCUCUUGUUCACAUGGAGCAUACAUUAUAAUAAGAGUGAAAUUUUUUUUUAAAGUUGUAAUUCUGUGAAAAAACAAAUACAGGGUCAAGAUAGAAAACAUGAAAGAGGAAUCUGCUUUGGGUACGCAAGUUAGGGAAGGUCCUCCAGCGAUUACAGGAAGAGAAGGAGUUAACUGUGCCAAAAGAAGAGAGAAAGAUUCUGAGGGAAUAGCAUGUGCAAAGGUCCCGAAGCAGAAAACUGGUGGUUUGAGGAAUUAAAGGAAUUGAAAGAAAAUUUGCAUGUCUAGCGUGGUAAGUAAGGAGGACAAGGGCCUAUCGUUUGGAGUUGUUGGAGAGGAGAGCUGGGGUGGUAAGUUAGAGUUUGGAUUUUAAGUACAAAGGGAAUGACAUCUGAAUACUUUGAUUACCGUGUGGGGGAAUAGGUUAUAGAGAGGCCAGAGUAGAAGCAGAGAAACUGUAAGAGCUGAAGUGGCCUGGAAGGGCAGUAAGCUAGUGAUAGAGAAAAGAAGGUGGAUUUGAGAUGUGUUUUAGAACCAAAUUGGUACAGAAUUGAUAGAUCUCAGGAAUUGGAUGUGGAAGGUGAAGAAACAGAAAAAUGACUUGUACCUAGGUUUGGGGCCAAAUUACUGAAAUGGGAACCUUAAAUGGGAAAAUAGGUUGGGAGGUGGAGAAGGUGACUGGAAUCAAAAGUUCCAUUUUGAACGUGGUAGACAGUAGAUAAUAUGAGUUGUAGGCCAUGAAAGAGAUUUAAGCUAGAGAUAAACUUUGUGAGCUCUUGCCAUACAGAUGAUGUAAAUCCAUAAAAACUGUGACAAACAAGUAGGCCCAAGACCAAGCCCUAGGCAAGCUCAGUAUUUAAAGGUUGGGUUAAAAAGGAGCAACCAGUGAGGUGGGAAGAAAGUCUGUAGAAGUCAAGUUGUGGAAGCCAAGGCUUUCAAAGAGGGGAGAAUGAUGUUGAAUGAGUCACAUGAGAAUGGAAAAAUGUCACUUGGAGUUAAACAGGGAGGUCAUGGGGCAGUGUGCAGAGUUAGUUUAGUGUCUAAGAAGACUGAACAUUAACACUCAUUGCACAGAAGAAUGCCUUAGUUUGAGUUUUCCAGUAAAGAAAAUACAUUGUAGGACAUUGGAGAGCUAAAUUGAAGUGGGAGCAGGUAUGAGGAAAGAUCAAAGUCAUGAAGCAAGGAUAGGGACUGUUCUCCUAGGGUGAUAGAGAGUCUGGAAAACCAAUGUUAAAGUAGGGAAAUUAGCACUUGAAGGUGUAAGGAGGCCCUAAAGGGAUAAGUAGAAAAGGAUCAAAAACUUCUUUGCCUCUUCUAAAAUUUUGCCUAUGAGUGGUCCUAUGGGGAUAGUAAACAGGCUUAUUUAAUGGAGUUUAAUACCUGUGAACCAAGACCUGUCAGGAGAUGAAAGCAAAUUUCAGUUAGUGGACAUAGCGGUGUAGAAUGAUGAUAGUAGACUGCAGUAAUUAAUGUUGUUAGUGCUUAUGUAUGUGUAAUAACAGUACAUAUGGGAAAUGCACGCACUGGUGACCACCCACUGCAUCUCAUGGCUUCAUUGCUCCUAAAAGGAUUUAUCGCUACUGAUCAUGUGGCAUGCUGUCUUGAAUCUGUUUAGGGUAGCCAUAAACUCACAGGUUCAAACGAAACACCUUCAGAAGGCAGAUGGGUGAAAGGAAAAAAUGGAGGGCAAGGCAGGCAGGAUAACUAAGAGUCACGGGUAUGUGGAAAGAAUCUUUGCAUGAAGUCUGUGGGAACCUGAUGGCAAGCUGAAUUGGUCUAUGAAAGGGUGAGGGAGAGAGAUAUAAAUCAUAUAUAUUUAUAAACUGUGAAAAAAUAACUUGAUCGGUAUCUCUGAUUUGCUCUCUAAUAGCAUUUCACUCUAAAUAAACUAAUAUUAAUGAUUCAAGAUCAGAAGUUCUGUUCAGCUGUAAAGUACUAUGCCUUCUAAAGAGCCAAUUAUUAAAUAAAGUGAUUACAUACCAAAGGCUUUUAAUAUGUAAUAGUUUGAGUACUUGCCUAGCACUUCCCAUUUGCAAAGCACUUUACCAAGUAUUUAUAAAUUGCAUAUAGCUGUAACAUCUAAGUGCUCUAGUUAGUCGGUAUAAUGCGCAGGUGUCUACAGUAUCUCUGUAGAGAUCAAAAGGUGUCUACAUAAAAAGUGGUCCAUUCAGUACCAUUCUGACCCAGAGUGUCUUGCAUUUCAAGAAAUAUGAAAGCAUAUCAAGUUCUCUGACCCACCAUUCCCCACCUUUCUUUUUGUUUCCCUUAAAUAUGUUAUUAAGAUUGUAGAUUAUCUCCAGAUCACUAGACAAACGUCCUCUAUUUUGGUUAGCAUAAUUUAAAGUCAGAGGCAAUCUUUGUAAUAUCCCUCAAACUGGGCUACUGGGAAGUUUACCCAAAUCCACCAGUCUGCUUUCAAGUACUUAUAAAGACCUCAAAUCCAGCCCUUUUGUGCUCAGAUUCUUAAUGUUGGUUUUUCUUUCACUGUUUGAAACUGUAUCAAUUACCCCAGUACAGUUACUGUGUGAUCUGUAUUUUUUUUCAUCAUGAAAUUCUUUCCAAACCUAGAUUAUUGGUUCUCUAUGCAGCAAAUAUGUACUUAGUAGUGACCAAGUCCUGAGAAAUGGUGGAGAUAAGAGAGUAUAAUGUGGACCUGUCCUAAAAAGCCUUAUGUGAUUUUGGAGAGGGCACACAAGAUUUAUACACAAAUUGUAAGCCAAUGAAGUGACCUAAUACGCAGAGUAAAGUAUUAUGCUGAACACAGAAUGGGAUGCGUGAGACACUGUUGAGGCAAUGAUUGUUUCCUGAGCACCUGCUCUUGCCAGCCACUGUCAUAGGCACUGGAGAGCAAACAAGACAAACACAGUCUGCUUUCCAGUAACUGGUGGAGUAUUGAAGUUGGCAAAUUUGUAAAGUAAAUGUAGUGUUCCAGGAUAAAUGGUUUCCUUUUUCCCAGUGUAAGGGAGACAUUAAAGAUUCUUGAGCUGGGGAAUGCCAUAAAGGUGUUUUUUUUUUUUUUUGUCCUAUGCCUGUGCAGAUGGAUGAGUGGAAGGAAACAUUGGAAGACAGCAGUGAGUUGGGGUCUUUUGUAACAGUCCAGGUGUAAUAUACGGAGGGCAUAGUUGUAGGAAUGGAGGUAAAAGGAUGAAUACAAAAAAACUGAUAAAAAAAUUAAAAUAGAGACAGAUUCUGUAUAGGGGUAAAGGUGAGAGAAGGGUUGAAAAUGGUCCCAUAGCUGUGUCUUUUACUCCUUUGUUUUCCUACUACUCCCUCACAACCAAAACCAGUAUGGCAAGAUUUACCAUCCCUUCUCCUCCCCCACCUGUUCUUGCUAAUAGGAGUCAGUGGGUGCAACCACCGUUCACCUCCUUCCCGCACCCAUGUCAGAAGAAUUCACAUCUUUAACAAGGAUGUGAAUCCAGGGCUACAGAUGUGAAAAUUGGGGGUGGUGAGGUCAGGGCAGUGAGCUGACAGGCUCUUGCUGCUGUCUGCCCUCACCAAGUUGCUCUCCUCAAAGGGUACAUUUCAUUCAUUCAUUCAUUCCAUAAAUAUUAUUGAGU